CACCAAUGAAAAUUGUGUUCGGUAACUUAAAUUUACUUUUUAUUUUUAAAAUUAAAAAACAGAAUAGAUUGAAUUUUAAAAACAAAUUUUAGAUGAUUUUAAAAUUUUUUAAAAACACUUUUAUCACUUUUGGUUUUCUCUCUCUCUCGUUACAGUCACCUUCAUCAGCGGAGUUUCAUUUCCAUGGCUUCAACUUCACUAUUACAGAUCCGAAAAUGAAAAAUGAGAAGAGAAUGACAAUGAAAGUUGUUUCUUAGAGAGAAAUAUUUUUUUUGCUAUUACAGAUGACAGGUACAGAUAGUGAGGUGAUUAUUAUUGAUAAUAGCGAAGCUUCUGUUUGGCCUGAAAAACAUGAAGAAAUUUUUAUUGAACUUAUGGAAGAAGAAGUUUUGAAGGGAAAUAGGAAUACUACAACCUUUACAAAGCAAUCAUGGAAGCGUAUAAAGGAGGAGCUUUAUGCACAAGCGAAGAGAAGUUACACUGAUACACAAUUAAGGAACAAAUACAAUUUGUUAAGACAAAAGCACAAGGAUUUCAAGUCUUUACUGAAAGAGACUAGCAUAGGAUUUAGUGUAGUGACUGGACAAGUUACUGCGCCAGAUGAAGUGUGGGAUAGGCUUAUUCGGUUUAACAAGUCAGCUAAAAGAUUUAGAAAAAAGGGUUGUGUACUUUGUGGAAAGUUAUGCGUUAUUUUCGGUGAUACCACUGCAACUGGUUCCAAUGCUCAUCCUUCAACUCGGAGUCCUUCCAUAAAUCUUGAUAAUGAUGAUGAUGAUGCUAUGUCAAAGAGUCCAUCUAUUAGGAAUCAAGAAAGUAGUUUUGAUGAGGAUGGUAGCAAAAGCAGAGGUAAAUCAACUUCCACUACGAGUUCUCGAUCGACAAAAAAAGCAAAGUUCUCACUCGCAUUAGCAGAAACAUUAACAGUGUAUAAUGAAACCGCAAAGCGAAAGAUGGAAGUGUAUGAGAAUUCAAUGACAUCGACAAAACAUCACUUAUUGGAUGAGUGUAUCGAAGCUCUCAAUCAAAUUGAUGGAAUUAGUGGAGAAGUAUAUGCAAAGGCUAUUGAGAAAUUGGAGAGCGAGGUGUCUAGAGCAUUGUUUCUAAAGAUGCCAGAACAUAGAAGAAUUGAUUUGUUGAACUAUUUGAAGUGAUUUUUUCACUUUGUUUAACCUUUACACUUUAUAAUUGUUGGGAUUUAUGAAUGACUUAGUUUGUAUGACUUUGUUUGUAUGACUUUGUUUGUAAGCAUGAAUUUGUUUGUAUGACUUUGUUUGUAAGCAUGACUUUAUUUGUAAGCAUGACUUUGUUUGUAUGAAUGACUUGUUAGUAAUUUAUUUUAGCUAUCUCCUUUUAUCUACAAUGUUAUUAUUAUUUUUUAUUAUAUAUUUUGUCUCCAAAUGUCUCCAGGAUAAUGUCUACAAUUGGGGCACCAUUCAACAAAAAUAAUUUACUUCUUGACGAUUCAGACGGUGAGUUUGGAGAGUUAUUAAUUUUAUUUGCUUGCGUGGAGUACAAUCAAUUAUAUCUAACUAAGGAACCGUGUAGAAAUUCGGCCCUUUCAGGACAUGAGUAUGUAAUGGAAGUGUUGCAUGGUCACGAUAGUAGGUGUUAUGAUUUAUUCAGAAUGGAUAAGGACGUCUUCAAACUAUUUUGUGGUGUUCUAAAAGAAAAAAAUUUAUUGAAGAACUCUCGCUAUCUUUCUGUUGAGGAGCAAGUUGCUGUGCUCUUAUUUGUCAUUGGACAUAAUGAACGACAUCGUGUAGUUGCUGAACAAUUUCAACACUCCACCUCAACUACAUCUGAAUACUUUAGGAAAGUUUUGAAGGCGGUAUGUCGUUUAUCCAAAGAGUUAAUACUCCACCUUUGUUUAAUGUAGUUCCUUCAGAAAUUCGAUUCAAUCCAAAAUAUUAUCCAUUUUUCAAGGUAAAAAAAUUUAUACUAUUUUUUUAUUAUUAUUUUAAAAUUUAAUAAAUAAAGAAAGAACAAAAGCCAUUAAUUUGUUUUUUAUUUUCAGAAUUGUGUAGGAGCUAUAGAUGGGACCCAUAUCUCUGCUCAUGUCCCCAUUAAUAAACAAAUAUCAUAUCGAGGUCGGAAGGUGGAUACAACUCAAAACGUCAUGUGUAUAUGUUCAUUUGACAUGAA